AUGUUUGGGUAUGAUCCUAUUGAAGAUCAAUACAAAGUUCUCGCUGUUGAUGACUGGUAUUGGAGAGGGCAGCACAAGGUUGCCGUAUUGGGAGGAGGUUGGAGAGAUGUUAUGUGUGUUGCAUGUCCACACAUGCCUCAUACCAUGGGGCUGAAUAUGAACGGAACCUUGUAUUAUGGUGCCUCCAGGACGGAUAUUGAUUAUCCGGACAAUUCUAUUAUUAUGAGUUUUGAUGUUAGACAUGAAAAUUUCAACAUCAUUAAAGUGCCAAGCAAAUUUGUACCAGUCGGUUUUAAGAAUAUGUGGGUUGCUACAUAUUGGGUUAGGGAACAAACGGAUAAAACUUUGAUAAACUACGGUGGAAAAGUUGGAGUUGUUGAGAAUCCUAGUGAUCAGGGUCGUUUUAGAUUGUGGGUUGUGGAAGAUGCUGAGAGAGAGGAAUGGUCCAUGCAUACGUUUCUUUUGCCUACUGGUCUUGACUUGAAAGUGAUGGAUACAUUUUCCACCGGCGAGAUUUGUCUGGUUCCAAACAUACUGUCUGGUGGUCCCUUGCGACUUUACUAUUACAACCUAGAGAAGGAAAGCAUGAGAAUUGUCACAAUUAAAGAAGUGAAUGUUUCAUACUUUAAGAAAGCAGGAACUAGUUGUGUGACUGUUUCAGAUCUUUAUGAAAGCUUCAUGUUCGUAUAA